AUGCCAGCCCCUCUGGAGACCUGCCUCUCAGACCUCGAUUGCCCCAGCAGCAGCAGCGACCUGUCCGGCUUCCUCACCGACGAGGAGGACUGUACCAGGCUCCAACAGUCAGCUCUUGCCUCGGGGCCGUCUGUGCCGGCCCACAGGGGCGCACCCGCGAUUCCUGGGGCGUCCGAUACUCCCCGGGCACAAGACGACGAGCAGGAGCGGCGACGGCGCAGGGGCCGCGCACGGGUGCGCUCCGAGGCGCUGCUGCACUCGCUACGCAGGAGCCGGCGUGUCAAGGCCAACGACCGCGAGCGUAAUCGCAUGCACAACUUGAACGCUGCGCUAGACGCGCUGCGCAGCGUGCUGCCUUCCUUCCCCGACGACACCAAGCUCACCAAGAUCGAGACGCUGCGCUUCGCAUACAAUUACAUUUGGGCUCUGGCCGAGACUCUGCGCCUGGCUGACCAGGGUCUGCCCGGGGGUGGUGCCCGGGAGCGCCUCCUACAACCACAGUGCGCCCCUUGCCUGCCCGGGCCCCCCAGCCCCGCCAGCGACGCUGAGUCCUGGGGAUCCGGCGCCGCAGCCUCCUCUCCACUCUCUGACCCCAGUAGCCCCGCCGCCUCCGAAGACUUCUCCUACGGUCUCGGCGACCCCCUUUUCUCUUUCCCCAGCCUGCCCAAAGACUUGCUCCAGACAACGCCCUGUUUCAUCCCUUACCAUUAA